UGUAUCCAAAUCAGCAUCAGAAAACAGAACUUUAGAUCAAGCCUCUGCCGUCUGCAAUACUGCUCUCUGGCUGCCAGCCAAAAUCCCCCCAGAAGAAGAUUUAGAUUUAGUCCACAUCAAGAACAAUCAAAAUGAAGAGAUGAUCAAGCCCAUGGUCAGAACUGAGAUUCAGGCCAAAGCCUCGAUCAGAACCGAUGUCAAGACCAAAAAGGGAAGAGGAGGACGUAAGUCGAGCAUAAAGAAGAAUGAAAAGUCACCAACCCCACCAACUCAGGUGGUGAGUUACGAGCGAUGGGCUCAGAACGCAGAUCGGCCCAACAGCAGGCAGAGAGACCUGAUUGUCCAUGCCAACGGGGAAGUGGCCAAGCCCAGAGUUCCCAUCAAAAAGAGUCAAAAGCCUGGGAGUCAGAAGACUGGGAAGAAAGGGAGUGCAAAAAAUGGAAAAGAAGGGGCCAAGAAAAAUCAGGACACCACAAGGAAUAAGGAACUCAGAAAAUGUACCACAGACAAUGACACUUAUGGGCCCAUCCCAGUGAUAGCGGGACCCUAUCUGGAUGUGGUCCGGAGGUCAGCUCCUGUUUGUGAGUCUGUACUAACAUCAGCCCAGGAGAAUUCUACCCUAGCCCCGGCGGCCAUGGAGCUGAGGACCGGGCCUGGAGGCCCUGGAGCUCCUCCCAGGAACCAGCGCUGGAGCAACCCAGCCGAGAACGCUCCAGAUUGGGGAACCUCCUACCACAUCUGCCGCAGGCCCCUCACAGAGUACCCCGUUUAUACCCAUGACUACACCCUGCCCCGGGCCAAGGCCUGGGACAAGCACCAGGGGCUGGCCCAAGAUGGGAGCCUGAAACGGGACCCCUCGCCCCAGGGUGUCCCCCUCUCUGUUACUGAUGUGAAACUAUGCGACCGCAAUGUGAGUUAAUGG